AUGGCAGACCAAGUUAACAAUAACAAUGUGAAAGCCAACAAUAAUAAUGCUCAUGUGAAUGCACCAGUGAACCGAACCUUGAGAGAUUAUUUUAGGCUGGUCAUGAAUGACAUUUAUUCGAGCAUUCAAAGGCAACAAGUGAAUGCCAAGAAUUUUGAGCUUGAGUCGGCCUUGGUCAACAUGGUGCAGCAAAAUCAAUAUUCUGGUCUAGCUCAUGAAGUCCCCAAUAUUCACUUGGCAACUUUCUUGGAGAUUUGUGACACAAUCAAGAUCAAUGGGGUCAUGGCAGAUACUAUUCGGUUGAAGCUCUUUUCAUUUUCAUUGAGGGACAGAGCCCGGCCUUGGUUUCAAUCUAUACCCCCAAUAAAUGUAAAUACUUGGGAGGAUAUGGCACAGAAAUUCCUCACUAAAUUUUUCCCGCCAUCUAUAACUUCACAAUUAAGGGCUGAGAUCACUAAAUUUAGGCAGAUGGAAUCCGGGCAAUUAUAUGAGGCAUGGGAUAGAUUUAAGGAGAUGCUAAAAAAAUUUCCUCAACUUGGCAUAGAGGAUUGGUUUCAAGUUCAAUUAUUCUAUAAUGGGCUCAAUGGUCCAACAAUAUCACAUAUUGAUGUCGCAUCAGGUGGAACAAGUUUAUCAAAGACACCGACAAAGGCAUUAAUUAUAUUUGAGGAUAUGGCCAUAAAUAGUUGUCAAUGGAAGAGUGAGAGAUUAACGGUGAAAAAGGCAGUUGGGGUUUUUGAAGUAGAUCAAAUAAUGUCACUGGUGGCGCAAAUGUCUGCUUUGACUAAUCAGAUUAAGGGUCUCACUGAAAAUAAAGUAGCGGCAAGUCAAGAAAUAGUGAAUGUGACACAAGCUUCAAGUUCGAAUGGGUUGGUGGAUGAAAAAUAUCAAUAUGUCAAUCAAAACUACAACUUUAGGCCCAACAACAACUUGCCCACUUAUUACCAUUCUGGCCUCCUAAAUCAUGAAACAAAUUUCUAUGCCAACAACAGGAACGUUCUUCAACCACCCCAAGACCCAACUAAACAAAUAGGGGAAAAGCCUUCACAGUCACUUGAAGAUUUACUGAAGACUUACAUAAUGGAGGCUAGAUCAACAUGA